AUGAGGUGGCUGCUCCCCGGUGGGCUUUUCGCCCUUUUGGCACCAACGGUAACCGCGUGGCCGUAUGAGGAGCAAUGGAAAGACUUCAACCUCAACCAAAACAAGACUGCGAUCGACCCUGCAUUCUACAACGGAACAUGGGAAGGGAAAGCCCCAGGUGAUUACCACCCUUCUCCGGAUAACUGGCGUUUUCCGUUCUACACAUUAUUUUUGGAUCGCUACGUCAAUGGAGAUCCCACCAACGACAACAUCAACGGCACUCUUUUCGAGCACGAUCUGUCUUCGACUCAAAUGCGCCAUGGUGGUGAUGUCGCUGGCUUGGUUGACACGUUGGACUAUUUGAAGGGCAUGGGUAUCAAGGGUAUCUAUAUCGCAGGAACCUCAUUCAUGAAUCAGCCGUGGGGUUUCGACGGAUAUUCGUGUCUUGAUACCACCCUUCUUGACAGACAUUAUGCCACUAUCAAGGUGUGGCAGAACGCAAUCAACGAAAUUCACGCCCGGGACAUGUAUGUCAUGUUUGACAAUACAAUCGCCACUAUGGGUGACUUGAUCGGAUUUGAAGGCUACCUCAACUCGACCACCCCGUUUUCGGUCAAGGAACACAAGACUGAAUGGAAAACGUCUCGUCGCUACGUAGACUUCGACAUUGGCAACAACUAUAAUACCACCUGUGAUUACCCUCGCUUCUGGUACGAAAACGGAUACCCGGUGAAUGCGACCCUCAUAGAGGGCCUGGUUGGCUGCUACGACAGUGAUUUCGAUCAAUAUGGUGAUAUCGAGGCCUUCGGUGUCUUCCCUGAUUGGCAGCGUCAGUUGGCCAAAUUCGCGUCCGUCCAGGAUCGUCUGCGUGAAUGGGUGCCUUACGUUCGUCAAAGACUAAUGCAGCAUUCCUGUAUGGUCAUUCAGACCUUGGAUAUCGACGCUUUCCGAUAUGAUAAGGCGACCCAGGCUACUGUUGACGCGCUCGGGGACAUGUCCUCUGCUUACCGAGAAUGCGCCCGGAGACUUGGAAAGAACAACUUCUUUAUCUCCGGCGAAAUCACAGGUGGUAACACUUUCGGUUCCGUUUAUCUCGGGCGAGGCCGACAGCCAAAUCAGGGCCCAGGAGCUCCGGGGAGCGGCCUGAACACCUCGGAGGCCUUUAACGCUGCUGUUCAAUUAACCAACACAUCCGAGGCGCAGAAUUUCCUCCGUGAACAGGGCAAGGAAGCAAUCGAUGGCGCUGCUUUCCAUUACUCUACGUACCGUGGCUUGACCCGAUUCCUUGGGAUGGACGGCCAAUUAAAGGCAGGAUUCGACGUACCCGUGAAUUGGGUUCAGGCGUGGCAGGAGAUGGUGAUCACUAAUGACCUGGUCAAUGCUGACACUGGCGUGUUCGAUCCUCGACACAUGUACGGCGCGACUAACCAGGAUGUAUUCCGAUGGCCAGCCAUUCGAUGGGGUCUUGAACGUCAGAUGCUCGGUUUGUUCGUCACUACUUUGGUGAUGCCCGGUAUUCCGCUCCUUCUUUGGGGUGAAGAGCAAUCCUUCUAUGUGCUCGAUGCUACUGCCUCGAACUAUAUUUAUGGCCGUCAGGCCAUGUCCCCUGCCACCGCCUGGCACACGCAUGGCUGUUUCUCGCUUCAGUCCUCCCAGUACUAUAAAUGGCCUCUCGAGAAGGCUUUGCAUGGCUGCAGAGACAACAACGUCACCCAGGAUCAUAGAGACCCGGCUCAUCCUGUCCGCAAUACCAUCAAGCACAUGUACCAGAUGCGAGAGAAUUUCCCGGUUCUCAAUGACGGCUGGGUAUUGGAUCAAUUGUCAAACCAGACGCAAUAUAUUUACUAUCCUGGUUCGAACGGAACUGGGACCGAGACUGGAAUUUGGUCCGCCGUGCGCAGAGCCUGGGCCGAUCCUAAGGGGUCGAACAAACAAGAUUUCGGCAGCGCCGAGAACAACUCUCCAGUCUGGCUUGUCUACCACAAUGCCAAUGCCACUACCACUUAUAAAUUCAAUUGCAACGACAAAAACCUCGCCUUGAUCUCUCCCUUCGAUUCGGGCACUACGGUGAAGAAUCUUUUCGCGCCAUUUGAUGAGAUCACGUUGGUGGAUGGCCCGGUACAAAGCACUUUGGCCAAUAGCACGGCCAAAGCUGGUUGCUAUCCUGAGAUCAAGGACUUCCAGCGAUACGGCUUCCGUGCAUAUGUGCCCAAGAAGUACCACAAAGGACCUCGGCCAUCCAUUACCCACUUCUACCCGGGUCACGACGUCCCUCUUUACUCCACUGUUCAGGCAAACGGGACCGAGAGCGUGCAUCUGAAAUUCUACUUCUCUGAAAGCAUGAAUUGUGCCUCCAUCACCAACAGCAUCUACGUCAACUCGUCGGUCGAAGACAAGACUGCGAGAGCCUCUAUCGACACUGGUUCCGUGCAUUGCUCAACUGUGACCGCUGCUCAAGAUCCUGUCCCCGCCAAUUUCACCGGUCAGCUUCCAAACAAGUUCCUCUGGGAGGGCGAUCUUGUUGGCGUUCGCAACGGUAUUCACCGGAUUACUGUGAACAACGCGACCAACGAGAACGGCGAUGCCUCCACCAAUGCCGUGGAUCAUUUCUUGGUUCGCAUUGGCCAGUUUGAUAACCCAAUGGUCUUCUUCACCGCAAACUAUUCAAGUAGUUUGCUGCACCAAUAUGAAGGCAACAACUCCCUCUUCAUCAGACAUCACGCAGCCGGUGCCGACAAAUGGCGGUACUCUACCAACUGGGGAUCCUCUUUCUCCAGCUGGAUUGACUAUAACGGCGGCGGCGAUGUCGCGAUCGACCGCUUAGAGUGGUCUGGUACCAAGAAGCAGGAGUGGGAGGGCGACCACGUCCGUGUUGAAUACUGGAAUCGAUGGACCGGUAGCAGCGACUACGUGCAAGAGGGAGAUGUUAACUGGGCCACUAAUGUCGAGAAAACGGACAAAAUGCGUCGAUUCCCUCACGUCUUCUGGAAUGGACCGUACAACCAAUACGGUUACGAUGCUGGUCUCGAUAAUGUCGUCGAUCUGGACAUUCAGAGUGAUCGGUGGAACUAUCAUUUCACGUCUGAAUGGCCUGCUGUUGGACAGUUCAACAUUUGGGGUAUCGAUCCUGACGGAACUCCAGACCAAAGCUGGGUCCUUGGUGAUAUGGAUAAUGACAGUGUGCUGGACCGCAUGCCUCCUUCCUCGCUUUCAAGCACGUUGCUCAACAUCACAGAGCCUCCGCCAUCGCCUUACCUGGCAUGGAAACUCCUGAUUGACGACGGCACUCUUCGCGUCAGCCUUCUCCCUGUUGGCAACCAAAUCUACCAGAUUGUCAUGUUCGUCCUCUUUUGGAUUGUUCCCGCCUUGACUGGUGCCGCUUGUGUCUACAUUUUCAUGGUCUCCUUCUACAAGGUCAAGUUCAAUGAAGUCGGAGUGAGCGAGAAACACAGUCUAUCCCCCUUGGUCUUCUUGAAGAAACUCAAGUCUGGUCGUUCGCCCAACCCGUCUGCCAACCCCUUGAUGCGUGUUGCCAACAAGGCCGGUUUCAUGCAAAGCACCACCAACUUGGGUGGUCUGGGUGCAACUGGCAAGCGCCGUAUGGUAUUGAUUGCCACUAUGGAGUACGAUAUUGAGGAUUGGGCCAUCAAGAUUAAGAUCGGUGGUCUUGGUGUCAUGGCUCAGCUUAUGGGGAAGACGUUGGGCCACCAGGACCUGAUUUGGGUUGUGCCUUGUGUCGGUGGUAUCGAUUACCCUGUCGAUGAGGUGGCGGACCCUAUGGAGGUCACGAUCCUUGGCAGCACAUUCCAGGUUCAGGUUCAGUACCAUCGUCUUAACAACAUCACCUACGUCCUUCUUGAUGCACCAGUCUUCCGUCAGCAAUCAAAGAACGAACCUUAUCCCGCUCGUAUGGAUGACUUGGACAGUGCUGUGUACUACUCUGCAUGGAACCAGUGUAUCGCCGAAGCCAUCAAGCGUUUCCCGAUCGAUCUCUACCAUAUCAACGACUAUCACGGAUCCCUUGCCCCUCUCUAUCUCCUUCCUCAGACCAUCCCCGCCUGCCUGUCCCUUCACAAUGCUGAGUUCCAAGGUCUUUGGCCUAUGCGCACUCAAAAGGAGCGCCAAGAGGUCUGCUCUGUUUUCAACUUGGACGAAGAGACUGCUCGAAAGUACGUGCAAUUCGGUGAGGUCUUCAACUUGCUCCACGCCGGUGCCAGUUAUCUGCGUGUCAAUCAACAAGGAUUCGGUGCUGUCGGUGUCUCAAAGAAGUAUGGUAAACGUUCAUACGCUCGUUACCCCAUUUUCUGGGGAUUGCGCAAGGUUGGCAAUCUGCCGAACCCGGAUCCUUCUGAUAUUGGCGAGUGGACCAAGCAGCCCAACGCCGAGGCGCAGGUUGAUCCUGACUUCGAGGCUGGCCGUGCCGAGCUGAAGCGUCAGGCCCAAGAGUGGGCUGGACUGGAACAAAACCCGGACGCUGAUCUUCUCGUAUUUGUCGGUCGAUGGUCUAUGCAAAAGGGUGUGGAUCUGAUUGCUGAUGCCAUGCCCGCUGUACUGGAAGCCCGUCCCAAUGUGCAAUUGAUCUGUGUUGGUCCGGUGAUUGAUUUGUACGGAAAGUUCGCCGCCCUGAAGCUCAGCCGCUGUAUGGAAAUUUACCCCGGCCGUGUCUUCUCGAAGCCCGAAUUCACUGCUCUCCCGCCGUUUAUCUUCUCUGGAGCCGAAUUCGCCUUGAUUCCAUCUCGUGACGAGCCUUUCGGAUUGGUCGCCGUCGAGUUCGGUCGUAAGGGUGCGUUGGGUAUCGGAGCCCGUGUCGGGGGUCUGGGUCAAAUGCCUGGCUGGUGGUACAACGUGGAAUCGACCUCAACAUCCCACUUGCUCAUGCAAUUCAAGCUCGCAAUCGAUGCUGCCCUGAACUCCAAGACCAAGACCCGUGCCAUGAUGCGUGCCCGUUCCGCUAAGCAACGUUUCCCUGUCGCUCAGUGGGUGGAGGACCUCGAAAUCCUGCAGACCACGGCCAUUACUGUCCACGAGAAGGAAGUCUCUAAGGGCCACGGACGUCCCAUGACUGCUUCUGGCACUAGCACUCCCAACGGACCAAUGCGAACUAUUGGCAUGGGCGCUCCUCCUCCUAUGAGCCCCCUCGCCCCGCCUGGAAUGAACUCUGGUCUUCCUCACUCCCGGGAUAGCAGCUAUUCGAGCUUCAGCCAGUUCAACGAUCUUGGCUCGCCUCGCAUCUACAGCCGCGAUGCCAAUGCGUCAGAAACCGAAUUACCUAAGUCUGGCCUGAGCCGAUCUCUCUCUCUGGGUGUUCGUUCUGGACCUGGACAUCGUGCCCGGGCUCGUCGUCACGGACAGACUGAAAGUGACAUUCCCGAGUCUGGUGACAGCAGUGGCGCGGAGGAGUCUGACGACGAGGACUUCCGCACUCACAGCGUGUAUGGCGAAGAUGAAUACACACUUACUCCUGCACAACUGGAGGAGAGCCGUCGCGCUCAGGCUAAUUCCAAGGAAGUGGUCUCCUACUCAUCGCCUCUGUCCUCUCCACGACGUCGUCCCAGUGACGAGUCCCUUCGCCCUCAAUUCACUCACACACCAGCCAGUCCCGGCACACCACCUCCCUCGGAUUCUCUGCUCCUUCCUCCACGCCCCCUCGGCGACAGCCACCGGUACAGUAAUGCAUCGGUGCUGUCCCUGGAUUCCGUUGUUGGUGGCAAGAAGGACUUCAAGUUGCAGAAGGUGGAUCCAUUCUUCACCGACGGUACUGGCGAGUAUUAUCACAACUUCGAGCAGAAGUUGCAGGCUCUCAAUGGUUCCAACUCCGAGAAUCAGCUUUGUAUCGAAGAAUUUCUGGUCAAGAGUGAACAAGAGUGGUUUGACCGAUUCCGUGACGCCAAGUUGGGUCGAUUCAAGUCUCCCACACCUUCUAUCUAUCGCGCAAAGCACAAUGCAUCGCCGGCCGGUGAGUCAUUCAACGACGCCCUUUCUCAUAUCGCUCUAAGUGACGAGCGUGACUCCGAAGAUGACGAGUUCUUGCUGGGCAAGGACUACGUUCCCCCGACUGGUCUCAAGAAGUGGAUGCAGAUCAAGAUUGGAGAUUGGCCGGUAUACUCGCUCUUCCUCGCCCUAGGCCAAAUUAUCGCUGCCAACUCGUACCAGAUUACGCUGUUGACUGGCGAGGUUGGUCAAACCGCGGAGAAGCUGUACGGUAUCGCGACCACGUACGCCAUCACAUCAAUCCUCUGGUGGCUCAUGUUCCGGUACUUCAAAUCUGUUGUGUGUCUCUCGGUUCCCUGGUUCCUGUAUGGCCUUGCCUUCCUUUUGAUUGGCUCUGCCCACUUUGAGGCAGGCCAGCUCAGCCGCGCAUGGAUUCAAAAUGUUGGUAGCGGAUGUUACGCUGCCGCCUCCUCUAGUGGUUCCAUCUUCUUUGCCUCCAACUUUGGUGAUGAAGGCGGUGCCCCUGUGGAAACCUGGAUCUUCCGCGCCUGUGUCAUUCAGGGUAUUCAGCAAGCCUACGUGAUUGCACUUUGGUACUGGGGCUCAACCCUCAGCAAGGCCUCCAGCGAGGGUCUCUUGACAAAUGACAACAACAUCGCUAACACCUGGAAGAUGUCGGCAAUCUGUUACCCCAUUGUGGCCUUCCUUUGGGCUGUCGGCAUUCUCUUGAUCUUUGGUCUGCCCAACUACUACCGCCAGAAGCCUGGCAAGGUUCCUUCCUUCUACAAGUCUCUCCUUCGUCGAAAGAUUGUGUUGUGGAACUUUGUGGCCGUCAUUCUCCAGAACUUCUUCCUCAGUGCCCCCUAUGGUCGCAACUGGAGCUUCUUGUGGAACUCGAUUCACACCCAUCCAUGGCAGAUUGUCAUUCUCUGCGUCGUCUUCUUCGGAUUCGUUUGGUGCAUCUUUUUAUUCAUCAUUAGCCGAUACUCCAAGACGCACAGUUGGUUCCUUCCUGUCUUCGCCUGUGGUCUGGGAGCGCCUCGAUUUAUCCAGAUAUGGUGGGCCAUCUCCGGCGCUGGCUACUAUCUCCCUUGGGUGGGCGGUUACACCAGCGGUGCACUUGCUUCGCGUAGUCUCUGGCUGUGGCUCGGUGUAAUGGAUUCGAUCCAAGGUCUUGGUAUUGGUGUCAUCCUGCUCCAAACUUUGACCCGAGUUCACAUGCUGUUUGCUCUGAUUGCUUCGCAAGUGCUCGGUUCCAUUGCGACCAUCUGUGCUCGUGCCUUUGGACCCAACGCCACUGGUCCAGGACCCAUCUCUCCUGACAUCACCAAGGGCGCCAGUUCUCUUGGCAAUGCUUGGUUCUGGGUCGCCCUGUUCUGUCAAUUGCUAAUCCCUGCCGGCUUCUUGCUCUUCUUCCGUAAGGAGCAGCUGUCCAAGCCUUAA